UCCUUUUCCGGUUGGGGCCAGUCCACAGCCCGCGACCCCAAAAUGGCGGGUUGCGGAAUGUUCUCGGGCCGCUAGUGGGAUUGGGCUGGGGACUGAGCUGCCAAGGCCCCGCGCUCCCGGACCCCGGCGUCUUGGCGCACCGCUCGCGGGGCCUCGCGCUUUCCCGACAUCGCCCCCGGGAGCGCGGGAACCCGGACCUUCCUUCCUCCCCGCGGGGGCGAGAGGCGUGGCGACUUCAUAGUCGAGCCCAGAAAGAGGGAAGUGGCGUCCACGGAAGCCGGAGCUGGGUGGAGUGACCUUGGGGAGAAGAUCCACUCAUUGGUUUUGUACCAAGCCUGACAAGGCCUCAGUUGUCAAAGGUGGCACCAGGAGGAUGUCACACAUAGGAGUAAAACUAUUCCUAGAGCAAAUGAUGAUGAGACAUCUGAAGGUGAAUGCAUGCUUGUACCCACACGUGGAGGCUUUGUGGGAGACUAAGGGGUCUGUGAAAGAGAGCUCCAGUCAGAGUAAGAAAUCCAGCCCACAGAUGGACAGUCUUGGUCCUGAGAGCGCUCGCCAGCACUUCCGGAGCUUCUAUUAUCAUGAAGCACCUGGACCGCUUGAGGCUGUCAGCCAACUGCAGGAAUUAUGCCAUCAGUGGCUGAGGCCAGAGAUCCACUCAAAAGAGCAGAUCUUGGAAUUGCUGGUGCUAGAGCAGUUCCUGACCAUUCUGCCCAGGGAUAUCCAGAACUGGGUGCAGAAGUAUCAUCCACAGAGCAUCAGAGAGGCUGUGGCCCUGGUAGACCGUUUUCAGAAAGAACAUGGUGGAAUAAGUAAUGAGGUCACAGCCCAUGAGCUGGGAAAGGAGGCAUUGCUCUUGGGAGGAACAGCAGUGGCCCCAGGCUUUAAGUGGAAGCCAGCAGAGCCCCAACCAAUGGGUGUGUUCCAGAAAGAAUGUUGGAAUACAUACCGGGUACUGCAAGAACAGCUGGGCUGGAAUAUUCAGAAAGAAACCCAGCCUUUAUAUGGAAGAGCUGUGCCUGCUCAACAGAUUCUAGCCUUUUCUGAGCAGGAAAGCACCCCAAGCUGGAAGAUGGCAUCUGAGCUCAUCCUGCCUGAGUCCCAGAGUCUGUUGACAUUUGAAGAUGUGGCCUUGUUUUUUACCGAGGAAGAAUGGCAAUUACUGGACCCUGCUCAGAAGAUCCUCUACCAUAAUGUAAUGCAGGAAAACUAUGAGACUGUCAUCUCUCUAGGGUUAAAGCUCAAAAAUGACACUGGAAAUGACCAACCUAUGUCUCUUUCUACAUUAGAAAUACAAGCAUCAGGAUGCAAAGUAUUAAGAAAGGCCAGAAUGAAAGUUGCCCAGAAAACAACGGGCAGAGAAAAUCAUGGUGGUACACACAGGGUACGGAAACGGCAUCGAGCUUUUCCAGGGAAGAAAAGAAAGAAACUUACAACUUGCAGACAAGAGCUUCCAAAACGUAUGGAUCUUCAUGGGAAAGGCCAUGCAGGAGAGAAACCUUUUAAAUGUCAGGAAUGUGGGAAAAGCUUCAGGGUUAGCUCUGACCUAAUUAAGCACCAGAGAAUUCACACUGAAGAGAAACCCUAUAAAUGUCAACAAUGUGAUAAGAGGUUUAGGUGGAGUUCAGAUCUUAAUAAGCACUUACUGGCACACCAAGGAAUAAAACCAUAUAGAUGCUCAUGGUGUGGGAAAAGCUUCAGUCAUAACACAAAUCUACACACCCACCUAAGAAUUCACACAGGAGAAAAACCCUUUAAAUGUUAUGAAUGUGGGAAAAGAUUCAUUCAGAACUCCCACCUUAUUAAACACCAGAGAACCCACACAGGUGAGCAGCCUUAUACUUGUAGCAUAUGCAGGAGAAAUUUUAGCAGGCGGUCAAGCCUUCUUAGACACCAGAAACUCCACAGGAGAAGGGAAUCGUGUCCAGUGUCUCCAGUCUGAAGAAAGCCAGCAGCUAGAGCUUGACCCUAGAGGUGAUAAAAGAAUACAAAAUGAUGAGGCACCCAGUGAUAGGAAUCUAUCAUCAACAAAAUUUGGGAGGGGCACAUGUUAUGUUUCAUAAAAAGGAAUCUAAACUCUCUUUUAUUCAGCAUUGUAUCCUCAGUGCCUCCUAGCACAAGACUGAUCCGUAAUGACUUCUUUAUAAAUAAAAGAGUGAAAUAGUUCUCAUAUA